AUGACCCAACAAGAACAAGCAGAAGAAGGAGCAAAACAAUUCGUGAAUUUUAUGCAAUCAUGUCCUGGAAAAACAGCAAUGGCAGGAGUUAGUGGAUUUGCAUUAGGUGGAUUUUUUGGAUUAUUUAUGGCAUCAAUGGCUUAUGAUGUACCUGUGGGGACAGAUGCAGUAAAACAUAUAUCAGAUUUACCAUUUAAACAGCAAAUGAAAUUACAAUUUUCUGAUAUGGCUAAAAGAUCAUAUAGUUCUGCUAAAAAUUUCGGAUAUAUAGGUAUGGUUUACUCGGGGGUUGAAUGUACUAUAGAAAGUUUUAGAGCAAAACAUGAUAUAUAUAAUGGUGUAAGUGCUGGUUGUAUAACUGGAGCUGGAUUAGCUAUUAAAGCCGGACCACAAGCUGUUGUUAUUGGAUGUGCUGGAUUUGCAGCUUUUAGUUUGGCUAUUGAUAUGUAUUUACAUAGUGAUGCUGCUAAACCUCCUAAAAAUGAUUAUGAUUUAUGA